AUGGCCUGGCAUGGAAACGGGUCUCUUGUAAAGGGUGGAGGGUGGAGACACAAAAUCAAAUUAAAACAAGCAUUACACUUAAAUACGUUUCCACCCUACCCACUUACACACCCUACCCACUUACACACCCUUCCCACUUACACCAACCUGCCCACUUACAACACCCUUCCUACUUACACCACCCUAUCCACUUACACCACCCUAUCCAGUUACACCGCUCUACCCACUUACACCGCCCUACCCACCUGCACUGCCCAACCCACUUACACUGCCCUACCCACUUACACUGUCCUACCCACUUACACCAUCCUAUCCAGUUACACCUCCCUACCCAGUGACCUCACCCUACCCACUUACAACACCCUACCCACUUACACCACCCUACUCACUUACAGCGCCUACCCACUUACACCACUCUAUCCGCUUACACCGUCCUAUCCAGCUACACCGCUCUACCCACUGACCCCACCCUACUCACUUACAUUACCCUAUCCACUCACACACACCAUCCUACCCACUUACAACACCCUACACACUUACACCUUUCUAACCACUUAA